CGUUAAUGCAUUGUAAAACGUAUUAAAUUGUAUUUAGAAAAAAUCACUGUUUACACGCGUUCUGAAUUAUUUGAAAUAGUUUGAGUUCAACCGUGGUUUAAAAAGGUCAACAUUCGAAAUGGGGAAGGGUUUUAAUAAUUACAUGUGUAAGAAAUUCUUCCAUCCAGCGUCCAGAGAUAAUCUGAAACGAGUAUGGAUGGCCGAACAACAAGCCGAAGCAUAUAAGAAAAAGCAAGAAGAGCUUCGAAAUCAGUAUGAAAUAAAAUGUCUUACAUCCGUAAGAUGAACUUUUCCGCACUGUGAUCCACAACAUGCAUUUAUUAAAAAUCCUUUACUCAAAGAAUUUACGAGAAAACUGAAUCUGACAUUAGUUUUACGCAAUGUCGGAAUAUGAUGGCGUUUUAUUUUCAACCAAAAGUGUGUGCGGAAAAGUAAAAGAGCAAGAUUUGCAUGAAAAUAAAGCAAUGCUGAGCAAAGAUAGCAAAGAUAAAUUGAGCAUGAAUUUCAUGUACGAGCCACCACCUGGUGUUCGCAAAGAACGUGAAAAAGACGACAAUGAGCCAGAAUAUAAAUUUGAAUGGCAACGUAAAUACAAUGCACCACGUGAAAGUUAUUGUAAAGGCGAUAUAGAAAUUCGUGAUCAACCGUUUGGUAUUCAAGUGAGAAAUGUGCGUUGCAUUAAAUGCCACAAAUGGGGUCAUAUAAAUACUGACAAGGAAUGUACUAUGUACAGUCUAUCUAUGAGUGAAGCACGAAAAUUACAUUCGGAAGCUGAAUCCAACGAGAUUUUAUCGAAGAAUUUGUUGGAAGAACAAAUGAAAGAAGACGGUUUAAUGAUGAAAAAAGGCGCAAUGAGUGCACAAAGCUUCCAAACGGGUCGUUUGCACCAGUUUGUUGCAAAUGCAAAUGACGAUUACAAUGACAACGAAGCAGCACAAGUUGAAAAGGAAUUUUUGAAAUCUCUCAGCACUAAACAAAAGAAGAAAUUGUUAAAAAAGCUUAAAAAGAUCGAGAAAAUGAAGCAAACAUCAGCCAAACGUAGCCUAAAAAAGAAAUCAAAGCAACACACAUUGUCAUCAUCAUCAUCGUCGUCGUCAAAAGACGAAAAAAGUCGUAACAAAUCAAUCUCGGCUCGAGCCGAGAGAGACCGUUCGGAGCGAAAUCGAGAUCAAUCGGAAAGAGAUCGAAAAAACAAACGUUAUAAAAGAUCAGCCCGUGAUCGAUCGGUAUCACCAAGACGUAAUAACAGGCACCGUUCCAGAUCAUCUUCACUUGAUACAAAACAUCGAAAUAAUAGACAAUAAUCAAGCCCAUUACUUUUUCUGAUUAGAUAAUAUUGACUGAUCACGUUUUAAAUAAAUCAAUCACUUUCAAAUUGAUAACGAUUGCGUCGCUAUAGCCCAACUAUCAAUCAAUUUUUUUUAUCUGAAGUAUGUUACAAUGAAUAAAAACUGAAUGUAA